AUGCGAAAAAGGUAAGUUUUAUAUUUUAUUUUGUUUUUGAAUAGGAUUUCAUUGUUUUUGUUGAGAAAUCACAUUUUUUUUUAUUUCUUGCCUAAAUCAAGUCAAGUUUGGACAGUUUUUGUAUUUUUGAAGCAGAACUAGAAGAUACAGUUUUGUGGAAACAGUAUUUAUUUUGUAAAUUUGUUUCGAUAUUUAGCGGAAUCAAGCGAAAACGUGAAGACGGUGAUGGAGAUACGGCUGGCACAUUACCGGAAAGCGAACACAGUCGUAGCCGAGAAAGAGAUGCGGAAUCCUCAUCUGCAAGAACUCAUAACUUAGCGGACUUGGACGACGAAGAUCAGCUAGUGAAUGAAGAAGAUGGUUCAGCCAUUGCCAAUCAAAAGCACUAUAUUAUUAUACCAUCGUAUGCUUCGUGGUUCGACUACAACGCUAUUCACGACAUUGAGAGGAGAGGAAUACCGGACUUUUUCUGUGGAAAUAACAAGUGCAGAACGCCUGAAGUGUAAUUAUUAUUUGAUAUUUAAGGUUAUUUAUUAUGAAAAGUAUUCGGAAAAAUUGUAUUUUAUCGUUUUUUAAACUAAGGAGCAUAAAAUGUUUAAUUUUAUAUUUAAUUUUAUUAUUUUAGGUAUAUGACUUACCGUAACUUCAUGAUAGACACUUAUCGUCUCAAUCCGUUCGAAUACCUGUCAUUUACUGCUUGUCGUCGCAACUUGUGCGGAGACAUCUGUUCUAUCGCUCGGACACAUUCGUUUCUGGAGCAAUGGGGAUUGAUCAACCACCAAGUCGAUGGUGAGAACCGUCCAGCACCAAUUGGACCACCAGCCACAUCACAUUUCAUGGUACUUGCUGAUGCUCCGAAUGUUAUUCAGCCUGUCAAUCCGUUUCCACAUGGAUUUCAACUUGUGGACAGUGUGGUUAAAGCAGAGAAUAUUACCGACAAACCUGGAACUUCAGCUGAAGAAGAGAAGCGAACAGUUGAAGAGGUUGCGCCGAAACCUACAUCCGUAUUGGACACCCGCAUGAAUACAGAUCAAUAUGCUAGUCAAUUAGCGGCCACGAAUUCGAAAGAAUCUGCUUCAGAUUGGAAUAAUGAAGAGAUAUUGUUGUUGUUGGAAGCUCUGGAAAAGUACACAGAUGAUUGGAAUCGUGUAUCAGAUCACGUCGGUACAAGAACUCAAGAUGAAUGUAUUCUCAAACUGCUUCAGCUACCAAUCCAGGAUUCUUUCCUAGAAAAAGAAGGAGAAGACGUUGUGGGGCCGUUGGCUUAUCAGCCAGUUCCGUUCAGUCAAGGUGGCAAUCCUGUUAUGAGCGUAGUCGCUUACUUGGCUAGCGUGGUGGAGCCAAGAAUUCUUUCGGCGGCUUGUGAGGCUGCUAUGGGUAGGUUAAUAUAUUUUUUAUUUGUUUUUGAGAUCUUAAAGUUUAAGUUUGAAAUUUGUAUUGAAAAAUCCAAAGAUUUUUAACUUAAAAAUUUUAGAAGAAUACACAAAGAUGAAAGAGGAGAUUCCUUCACUAGUUCUAGAAGCUCACGUCAAGAACGUUGAAGCACAUGCUAAAGCAAACAAUGGUGAUGUUGAUCCAGAAAUUGGACUUAAAGAAUCCGGAAUUGCUUCUGAUGAUACGGUAAGGUGUUUUGUGCUACAGUGUCUGUUUCUCAGUUGGAUAUGAAACUAAAAUAAUUUUUUAGACAACCGAAGAACCCAAUAACAACGAUGAACCGAUGGAAACUGAAGAAAAGAAGUCAGAAGAGGGUGAAGCAGUAACAGAAACGAGAAAAAUGGCUUCAGAAGAGGUUCAGACCGCAGCAGCUUCUGCACUGGCCGCAGUUGCAGUGAAAGCGAAACAUUUGAUACACAUGGAAGAAAGAAGAAUGAAGAGUUUAGUCGCCCAACUGGUCGACACUCAAAUGAAAAAGUUGGAUCUCAAGUUGCUUCAUUUUGAUGAAGUAUGGUUUUUAUAAUUUAAAAAAUUUUAAGUUCACCUUAAUUUAAGUUUACCAGAUGGUUUAUAAUUGAUUAAAUUCUAUUUCUUUACAGUUAGAAAGGAUUACUGAUAAAGAACGAGAAGCGUUUGCAUAUGAACAACAACAACUGAUCUUGGAACGGCAAUUCUUUCAUCUAGACCAGAUAAAAUACCUGCAGCAACGCUCCAAAAAGGAUGCUUAUGAAGCUUUGAUGGAGAAAGGAGAAUUGGAACCAGGAUUCGAGGUUAGAGGAUGUCCACUACAAAUGGAACCUCUAGUUGGAUCAUCACGGAAAACUGUAUCAGGUAGAGUAGCUCUCCAACCGCAAGCAGAAUUGGUUACUAAAGCAGAAGAUGUUCCAUCGUCAGAAGCGCCUUCGGUUAUCCAAACGUCGCAACCUCAAGCAGCUCCUCCACAACCGACUCCACCACAACCACCCGCUACAUCUGCUCCAGCGGAACCAGUCAACCAACCGCAGCCUCAAGUUACAUCACAAUCUGCAGUCGGUGCUUUAUUAUCACAGCCAUCUCCCGUUCAGCCCUACGGCUACCAGCCACCAUACAGCGGUGCAGCGCCACCCUCAGGGCAAACAUACCCACAAGGAUACCAACAAGCGCCUCCUGCUGGACAUUACCCACCUCAACAGCCACCGCAACAACAACCUCAACAACCAUAUUACCCCCCACGCCCAUGCGCUCUACAACAACAGUUUAACCAGAGGUUUGGACUAGGGUACGACUACAACUAUCCCCAACCACGACCAGGUUAUCCACCGGCUAUACAACAAGGCCAAUAUCAAUAUCCGCCUGGGUAUCAGGGUGGUCAGGUAUGUAUUUCAAUUUACUUUUUUAAGUAUCACUUUUAAAGCAAGAGAUCUAGGUAACAAAAACAUUUUACUUUUAUGGCAUUUAUUUUCAGCACUAUCCCCAACAGGGCGGCCAACCGCCUCGCCCACCAAUCCUUCAAUUAGCCCAACUACAGCAAUCAGUAGGACAACAUCCCCCCAUGCCAAUCCAACAACCCCAGCUACCAAUCCAACAACCCCAGCUACAAGUCCAACAACCCCAGCCACCAGUCCAACAACCCCAGCCACCAGUCCUACAACCCCAGCUAUCACUCCUACAACCCCAGCCACCACUUCAACAACCCCAGCCACCAGCUCAACAAUCCGAUGAGAGGCAUGAGCAAACUCCGUCGCCACAACCAUAA